AUGCAUCCCACACGCGCCAUUCAGGUCCUCGCCCUCGCCUCAGUCGCUCAGGCAUCGUGGUUCAACUUCAACAAAGCCGAACCCCGCGAUGGCCUUCUCAAGAGACAAUCAGGAACCGCCAGCGGCGCCGAGACCACGUCGACUGCUGCUCAAACCACCACAUCUGCUGCUGCCGUCACUACAACAACGACUGCUGCUCCGAGCACCAGCACCACCGUCGCCGUUGUGACUACCACAUCUGCCGCCGCCGCCGACCCGACCACAUCCGCUAACGCGCCUGCGUCAACCACAACACCGGGAGCCACGGCUGCCCCUACAACCCUGAAGACCAGCACCACAUCUGCUGGUAGCAACAACGAUGAGACCACCAGCGCAAGUGCCGCGCCUUCCACCCACUCAACUACCGCCGAACCCGUUACCUCCACCGUCAAGACCGUUAUCACCACCACCAACUCCGCUGGUGUAGCUACUUCUUUCACCUCCGAGUCUACCGUCACGAGCACCCCUGGCCUUAACGAGGCCAACUCUGAAGAUUCGUCGUCUGGCAUGUCAUCCGAGACACGUAAGACUGUCAUCGGUGUCGUUGUUGGUGUCGGCGGUGCCAUCGUCCUCGGUGCCCUGGGCUUCGUCGCAUGGAGAAUUUGGGGCAAGAAGAAGCAGGCCGAGGAGAACGAUGGCCUCAUGGAGUACAACAACCAGUACGGCAACGAGCCCAAGAACGAGGUCGGUAGCGCCCAAGGAUCUGGUUCCGGCCGUACUCCCUUCCAGUCGACUCUCGAAAGCUACCACGCACCGAAUGGACAAGUCAAUGCAUCAUCCAACUUCUAA